UGUUUGCUUUGUAGUAAUGGUUAAGUCUAGUACUGUGCCGUGAAUAAUCACCACCUACGGCUCUACUUCUCGUGCCUUCUCCUCACUUUAUAAUCACAUGACUCUGUUGUUGCAUGUGAUCAGCUUUCUCUCUUCUCCAUUUACUCUUCGGUCAAUCACAAUUUCUCUUCAUCUUCAUCUUCUUCUUCUUCUUUCUUUUCUCUCAUAAUCUGUCGCAAUGAUGCCCCCUGAUCGGCAAGAAAAUAACACCAUUAAUCUCACUAACCGAACCGACAACGUUUUGGUUCAUGCUGAACCAUCCAUGUCUGCCAACAAUGUAAGCCCAUAUUCUGAGGAUCCAAUCUCAGCCCAAAGACGAGAAGCAACCCCAGCUAGAUUUUCCAUUCUUCGUCAAUCCUUACACCCCGUAACACUCAAGUUUAAAGAUGUCGCAUAUACAAUUAGCUUGACCACCAGCAAGGGAACAAACUAUUUCGCUUCAAAUCAUCCCAAGGCGACAAGAAAUGUACUCAAUGGCGUCAGUGGUAUUGUUAAACCUGGUGAGUUGCUAGCAAUGCUCGGUCCGUCUGGCAGCGGCAAGACGACUCUUUUAACCGCUCUUGCAGGUCGCUUACCGGGAAAGGUUUCAGGCACAAUUACAUACAAUGGUCAAGCAUUUUCUAGCUCUGUGAAACGCAAAACAGGCUUUGUUACACAAGAUGAUGUGUUGUAUCCACACCUCACUGUGCUAGAGACGCUAACAUAUGCUGCUUUGUUAAGGCUACCAAAGAAUCUCUCUAGAGAAAAGAAGAUCGAACAGGUUGAGUUGGUUAUCGUGCAGCUUGGUUUAACAAGAUGCAGAAAUAAUGUAGUGGGAGGACCUCUCUUUCGCGGAGUAUCCGGCGGUGAACGUAAGAGGGUUAGUGUUGGACAAGAGAUGUUGGUUAAUCCGAAUUUAUUGUUACUUGAUGAACCUACUUCAGGGCUUGAUUCCACCACGGCUCAGCGCAUUGUGGCUACAUUAAGAGGCCUGGCAAGAGGUGGGAGGACCGUGAUUACAACAAUUCAUCAACCUUCAAGCAGAUUGUACAGGAUGUUUGAUAAGGUGGUCGUUUUAUCUGAGGGUUGCCCCAUUUAUAGCGGCCUUGCAAGUCAAGCCAUGGAGUAUUUUGGUUCCAUAGGAUACGUGUCUGGCUUCAAUUUCUUAAACCCAGCUGAUUUUCUGCUUGAUCUUGCUAAUGGUAUAGCUCCAGAUGUAAAACAGGAUGAUCAGCAGGAGUUUCACGGCAGAUUAGAUAACCAUGAUGAUCAAAAUUCAACUAAAGAGUUUCUAAUUUCAUCCUACAGAAAGAACCUGCAUCCCGCCUUACAGGCAGAGAUUCGCCAGAAUUCCCAAGAUCCUAGUCUUUCUACAUCAGGAGUAUCCUCAUCAAGAAGGUGUAAGAAUCAAUGGACCACCACCUGGUGGGAACAGUUUAAAGUGCUGCUGAGAAGGAGUUUACAGGAGAGGAGACAUGAAUCAUAUUCAGGCUUAAGAAUUUUCCAGGUCAUGUCUGUUGCAAUUCUUUCAGGCCUCUUAUGGUGGCAUUCUGACACUUCUCAUAUACAAGAUCAGGUUGGACUCCUCUUUUUCUUCUCCAUCUUUUGGGGAUUCUUCCCUUUGUUCAAUGCUAUAUUUGCCUUCCCUCAAGAGCGACCAAUGCUUGUUAAAGAACGUUCAUCCGGCAUGUACCGUCUCUCUUCCUAUUACUUUGCAAGGAUGGCUGGUGACUUACCGAUGGAGCUAGUUCUCCCAACUAUCUUUGUCACUGUUACAUAUUGGAUGGGAGGUCUUAAGCCUUCAUUGAUAACAUUUUUAUUGACCCUUUUCAUCAUCCUUUUCAAUGUGCUAGUCUCUCAAGGGCUGGGCCUCGCACUUGGGGCCAUUCUUAUGGAUGUAAAGCAGGCCACAACACUGGCUUCAGUGACAAUGCUUGUGUUUUUACUAGCCGGCGGCUACUACAUUCAGCACAUUCCACCAUUCAUAGCUUGGUUGAAGUACAUUUCUUUUAGUUACUACUGUUAUAAGCUUCUGUUGGGAGUUCAGUACUCAGUAAAUGAAGUUUAUGAGUGUGGAUUAGGCAUGCAUUGCAGAGUAAUGGAAUUUCCAGCCAUUAAGUAUCUUGGUCUCAACAAUUUAUGGUGGGAUGUAGCGGCUUUGACAAUAAUGCUGGUGGGCUACAGGGUUUUGGCUUAUGCUGCUCUUAAAAUGGGACAACCUCACUGACUAAUAAUAUCUGAAAAAUAAUAAUAACUGAUGAAGAUGCUCCGCUAUUUGAUGGCUAGUGAUGUACUCUGAUUGAAAAUAAUGAUUUUAGUUCUUUGAUUUCAGCUCCGGUAAAUGUAAAUUGGAUUGAAUCAUGAGAAUGAUUCAUGAAGCAAUGUAAUUUACCCAAUUUUAUGAAACUUGUGGUUCAGAUUUGUGUUGGAAAA